AUGGGGGGUGAUCAAGCUGAUAGAAUUGCUUCGAUUCUCGGGUAUAAUGGCCAUACUCGGGUGGAUGCUCAAGGUUUCAGUGGGGGUAUUUGGGUAUAUUGGAAGCCGGAAUUAGUUUCCAUUGAUCCCAUUAUUAAAUCUAACCAAUACAUCACUAUGACUAUUUCUAGAAGAGGUGAGGAACCAUGGUAUUUCACUUUAGUCUAUGCAAGCCCUGACCCGACCAAGCAUAAUGAUUUAUGGCAAGAGCUCUCUGAUUUUGCUAGUCAAAAUAAUAAACCUUGGUUGCUAGCUGGUGAUUUCAAUGAAACCCGGUUUGGGUGGGAAAGAAAUUCAAGUUGCAAUGAGAGAACUAGGAGAACUGAACGUUUUAACCACUGGGUAGAAGACAAUCAAUUAAUUGAAGUCGAAUUCUCAGGAUCACCUCAUACAUGGGCUUGGGGUAAUUCCAUGGCUACAAGAAGGAGCGCAAGGUUGGACAGAGCUCUCUGUAAUUCUGAAUGGGGUCUGUUUUUUGAUAAGGCUCGUGUUAAGCACUUUCCAGCCAUCCAAUCCGACCAUUGUCCUCUUUUAAUUUCUCCAAAUGGUUUUGCACCAUUGGAAACCUUAUACCGCCCUUUCUGUUUCCAGGCUGCUUGGCUAUCGCAUGAAAACUUCAACGAAUUUUUGUGUGAUAAAUGGCGCACUGAUAUACCUCUUAUGAACCUUCUCAAAUCUUUCUCUUCUGACUUACAACAGUGGAACAAUACAGGGUGUUCAGACAGCUUUAGCAAGUGGGAGGGACUCGGUUUACUGAAACUUGAGGCUAAGUUACGAAAGGAGCUGGACUCAGUGCUUAAUCAGGAGGAGAUGUUAUGGUAUCAGAAAGCCCGUGUUGACUGGUUGCAACAUGGAGACCGUAAUACUACUUUUUUCCACCUUAGUAUGGUAGUAAGACGUUGGAGGAACAAUAUUGUCGCGAUUAAAGAUACUGAUGGGCAAUGGCUGUUUGAUCAAAGUCAGGUGAAAUAUCAAGUGGUAUCUUACUGUGCUCAAUUAUAUACAGAUGAUGGUGAUGAGGGUACAUACAAUAUCCCUUCUGGAGUAUGUACAGCUUUCUCUAAUUCUCAGUGGGAAAGCCUUAAUCGACCCUAUACCAAUUGCGACAUUGAAUUUGUGGUGAAGAACAUGGGCUCACUUAAAGCUCCUGGGCCUGACGGCUUCCAGGCUCUUUUCUACCAAAAGAACUGGGAUACGGUUGCCCAAAAUGUGUAUGACCUGGCUAAAAACGUGCUGGAGGGUAAGGGUACGCCAGAUUUAUUGAACGAGACCUACCUUGUCCUUCUCCCGAAAGUGGAUAGCCCUGACUCUGCCUCACAAUUUCGCCCUAUAGGCCUGUGUAACGUGGCUUAUAAAAUUAUAACUAAGGCGAUUGUAAAUCGCAUAAAACCCCUGCUGCCCAAAAUCAUAGCAAAUACUCAGUCAAGUUUUUUCCCUGGCCGGCAAAUCACAGACAACAUUGUCAUUAUGCAAGAAGUCCUGCACACUAUGAAGAGAAAAAAGGGGGGUAAAGGCUACAUGACGAUCAAAAUAGAUUUUGAAAAAGCUUAUGAUCGUCUCAAGUGGGCUUUUAUUCGCAAUACAUUGAUGGAAAUGAACUUCCCUAUCCGGAUGAUAGAGGUGAUUAUGGAAUGUAUCACUACUCCCUCAAUGAAUAUCUUGUGGAAUGGUGAAAAGACGGAUGCCUUUUACCCUACCCGUGGCAUUAGACAAGGGGAUCCGCUCUCACCGUACCUAUUUGUCUUGUGUAUGGAACGCCUAAAUCAAGUGAUUGAAGAAUCAAUAGUGGCAAAUAGGUGGAAGCCGAUUUAUGCUAGUAGAGGUGGACCGCUCCUUUCAAAUUUAUUUUUUGUGGACGACUUGAUUCUAUUUGCGGAGGCUUCAAUCGAACAAGCUGAAAUUGUCAGAGACUGUCUUGAUCGGUUUUGUGUUGCUUCAGGACAGAAGGUGAGUCUUCCUAAAUCCAGGGUCUUUUUCUCUCAAAAUGUCCACAAAGAUGCUCAAAAGGGCAUUAGUGAGGCUCUAGGAAUGGACGUAACUGAAGACCUGGGAUUCUAUCUUGGUAUGCCUACUCUAACUAAUACAGUGACCAAGCAAACCUAUGCUUACCUUUGUGAAAAAAUUGACCGUCGACUUUCGGGAUGGAAAUCUAAGUACUUGUCUCUUGCUGGGCGUGUCACUUUAGCAAAGUCAGCCAUCACCACCAUGGCUAAUUAUUCCAUGCAGUCCGCAAAAAUUCCAAGAACAGUGUGUGACAAAAUCGAUCAAAAAUCUCGAAGAUUUAUAUGGGGUGGAAAUGAGGAGAAAAACCGAAUUCACUUACUCUCUUGGGAAACUUUGCAAAUUCCUAAGGAAAAAGGAGGCCUUGGAAUUAGAUCAGCUAGACAAUCCAACUCUGCCUUCCUCGCAAAGCUCGGGUGGAGAGUGCUCAAUGAGCCAAAUGCCCUGUGGUCCAGAGUACUUAGACACAAAUAUUGUAGUGGCCAGUGUGACAUAGAUAUGUUUGUUCCAACGUCAAGUAUGUCUAAUGUUUGGCGGGGAAUUACUGAAAAUGCAAGCUUGUUAAAAAAAGGUUCAGCCGUAGCCAUAGGGAAUGGUGGCAGAACACUUUUUUGGGACCAUGUGUGGGCCACUGAUGGUCCUCUCCGGGAUGUUGCCAUUGAUCAAAUCCCAGAAGACAUUGAUGGAGCAAUUGUAGCAGAGCUAUGGGAUGAUGAUUCAGGAUGGAAGUGGGACAAAAUAGUUGAUCUGCUUCCCAUUGCUGCUCUGAAGAGGAUUGCUGCUCAUAAAGUCAUACAAGACCCUGAAUUAGAAGACAUUAGAUACUGGAAAGGGGGCAAAGCAGGUGAAUUCUCUGUCAAGGAUGCAAUGAGACUGAUUAAAGAUGACAGCAUGAAACUCCGCCAUCUCACUGAUGACCCAAGAUGCAAGAGAUGCGACCUCAACACAGAUGAAACUCUUUUACACCUAUUCAGAGAUUGUCCUGCAGCUAGAGAAGCAUGGGCAAGCGUUGGAAGUGCAGAAAAUUACCCAUCCUUUUUUUCAGGUGAUCUCUCCUCAUGGCUGGUGCGUAACUUGAAAGGGGAAGAACUUAUUCACUCUGAGAAAUGGCCAACAUGCUUUGCCAUAACUCUUUGGUGGAUAUGGAAAUGGAGAAAUGGUGAAUUAUUUGGCAAUCCUUAUGAAACCCCAAGUGAUGUGGGUGUAUUUAUUCGAUCUCAAACUGAUUCUACUUGGGAGGCCUUGACAGGAACCACUCAGUCCCCCAAGAAUCCAGGCAGUAGUAAGUUCAAACAGGAGACUCUUAUCAAAUGGCUGGCUCCACCAAUGGACUGGUUCACUUUGAACACAGAUGGAGCAGCAAAGGGCAACCCUGGGUAUGCAGGAGGUGGAGGCAUUAUACGUGACUGUCAAGGGAAUUUUAUGCAGUGUUUCACAACAAACUUUGGGAUAUGCAGUGCCUUUAGAGCUGAGUUACUAGCUGCUGAAAUAGGACUACAGAUGGCAAGUAAAAUGGGAUUAAAUAAGCUGGUUUUGCAGAUGGACAACAAGGCAGGAAUCGAGGCUCUCAGCAAGGGUGUUGUCCAAGGAGGAGAAUACACUCGUAUUCUCACUGCUUGCCAUAGAUUAAUUACUUUUUUCAAUUAG